AUAUCUUGAAGGAAAAUCAAUUAAAACACUUCAAAAAGACAAGUUCUUAUUCAAGAAAACCUUUUUUUUGUCAGUUGUAACGUUUUUACUUUAUCUGACAUUCCUUUCUCUUUUUCCAUGUCAAGUCCCACUGGUAAAAUCACUCCCGCUCAAGUUCAACAUCUCGCCUAUAAUUGCUCCUCCAGAGUUCACUGUGUGUGUGACACGCCGCUGAUACCUCACCACUGUCCUUGCUAGUUUCUCAAAGGCAUUCGACACUGAAGUGCUACUUUACGUAAAGACACCUGGUGGAGAGAAGACAACAUUUAGCAUUCCCCUUCUUUAUCUUUGGCCCUCCAUCAUUUCAUCUGUUAACAUGACCCUCCCUUCGACGGGCUGGCUCGACUGUUCGGUCAUCGAUCCGGAGCGCUCGCUUCAUGUUUGCAGUGGCGUUCACACUUCCAGAAGACGUCUGAGGAGGACUGUUGGAGGCAGUAGGGAAAUUGAUGAAGCAUUUUUUUUUCCAUCAACAUGAGAUAUUGCAAUUUGAAAGGAUUCCUGGUGGUUUUGAUAAUACAGUCCUCCACAAGUGAAGAUGUGUCUAUCCCCACCCAGUCUCCCACUGAGGUCACCCAUCAGAGCUUACCACAAGCACCCAAGCUGCCUGCUGCGGAGACGGGGCCAGUGAUAUCCCCUCCGAGCUUAAAGGAUGUGCAGCAGGCUGUGCAGAAAGCCUCGGAGCAGGUGGAGGGUCGUGGGGCGGAGGAAGUGCUGAAGGAGUUGCUGGAGAAAGUGGUGGAGGCGGCUUUCGGCCAAGCGGGAGAGGAGGCCGGAGACUUUGGGGAAGUGGAUAAGGAGGACAAGGCGCGGGUUCAGAUGGGAAAGACGGAAGCUGAUGAAGAAGUGGAAAUGUUGACAACUGAAGGGGGACGUUUGGGGUUUGAUGGGAAGAUGGAGAUAGAAACAGCUGCUCCAUUUGAAGAUGUUGGUGGGAAUGAAGAAGAUGAUAGACCAAGGACGGAGUCCAUUGAAUCUGUGGGGAAUAAAGUCAAACAAGAAGAUAGUUUGAAUGCCACCAAGGAAUUACCAGCUAAUAGACUUCAUCAAGAGGAUAAAGAUGAAAAUUUAGAGGAAUCUAAAGUACAAGUGAAGGACAACCGAGACCACGUUGUUUUAAUAGAAGAAAGGAAUGCAACUGAAAGAAAAAUGCAAGACUCAAACAAGACUUCAGUCGUGUCUGUGGAAGUCUUGAAAGAAUCAGAACAGAACGAAACUGGUGGAGACUCUGAACUUACUCUGAUAGAAAAAAAUGAGGAACAGUCAGAGUUUGAUCGAGAGAAAAAGAGAGAAACUCAAAUGAAGGAGGUCAAAGGGACGACGAUUGAACAGUCUUCAAAUAAUUCAGAGAUAAAUGCAGAAGAAACGAUGCGAAAGGAUCCUCGAGAAACUGAUGGAUAUGGCUAUUUGUUGGAGGAAAGAACUAGAGACGGUGCACACUUCACGGAAGCAACAGGAACCGAAACCAAAGAAGAAACUGUCACACUGAUGGAUGAGGGCAACGACAAAAAAGUGGGCAAACAUGAACAAAUGAUUGUGGAGGACUCAAAUGGCAGUGAAAAAGAGAACCAAGAGAUCCUGGAACUCUCCGGCCCCCAGCCUGCAGACGGAGCGGACGUUUUCAUUGGACAGAACCCCGACAACCAGCCUCCUACCCUAAAUCCAUCUCUUUACGGAGUGAAAGGAGAAGAGAGUGCCUGGUGUAAUGAAAAAUACCAGCCAGGCAACAAAAUCAUCAUUCCCACUCAUAACCUUUUGCCGCAUGACCUUGACAUGGCCCAACCUACGCUGGAGAACUCUGAGAAUGAUGUUCUGGCUGAACACCCUCUGGCAGAGAAUGAGCCUUUUGGAAAGGCCGGUGAGCUGAAGGUGGAAGGUGGAAAGUGGAAUGAGGUGGAGGAAAAACCUGGAUCUAGAGAGACAAAUGAGCAAGGCCUGAGGGCAUGGAAAAUUGGAGCUACGUCUGCAGCCGUUUUUCUGAUUGUGGAGACUGCUGUUAUCAUUAUCUAUAUCCUCAAAUGUCAAAAGAAAAAAGGCACCCCAGGCCUGCAGCGGGCAUGUGAGGAGGGCUGCGCUGACCCUGAGGCGGCUGCAGGAGGCCUCUGCGGUGACGACACGUUACCCGCAGGAAACGGAGAGCCCAAAAAGUACGGCUGUGUGAAGAAAAUAUGCACGAACACGGAGGCGACAGACGACAAUGAAGGAUAAAAGAUUGAUUUAUCCCACUUGGCUCCCAGGUGUGCCAGUAAUCUCAUGAUUACUGUAGUUUGGGGUUUAAAAUAGAAUCAUGAAUUAGUCAAAAAUACUCAAUUAGAUCUUGUUUUGACUAUAAAUGAGCAAGAAACGAUUUGAUGUCUAAGUAAUUAUCUGUAAUCACAGCAUGUCAUGACUGAUUGCUUUUAUUUUGUUGAGUGUCUCUGAUGUUUUUCACUUUGAGACAGUUUUUUUUUUUUGGUCAUUAUCACAGUUUUGGUCUCUCCUAACAAUCGAGAAGCAUCUAACUAUACAAACCCUCAGCUGACCAGAUCAUCGCGAGCUGACCUGAAACGAUUAGUUCACAGAAGAUACCGGUCGUGCUUCUCAGCUGAUUCCCUCCC